ACACAACCACCGCUCUGCAUUAUCCACAAUCAAAUCGAAAACAUUUUUGUUGUUUAGGUUACCGGGACAUUAAAUAUUGUUUUUAAGGUUUCCACUCACAAUCAUAGCUGAAAUAAGCGACUGAAAACCGUACCACAAGGAAUACACUAACGAACCACAAUGUCCAUUGUCAAACCGAAAUCGGAAUUAACGCCCGAAGAGUUGGCGCGCCAGGAGGAGGAAGAGUUCAACACCGGUCCGUUGUCCGUGCUCACCCAAUCCGUGAAGAAUAACACACAGGUGUUGAUCAAUUGUCGGAACAACAAGAAACUGUUGGGACGCGUCAAGGCCUUCGAUCGGCAUUGUAAUAUGGUGCUGGAAAGUGUGAAGGAAAUGUGGACGGAAGUUCCUCGAACGGGCAAAGGAAAGAAAAAAGUGAAGCCGGUCAACAAGGACCGAUUUAUUUCGAAAAUGUUUUUGCGCGGUGAUUCGGUCAUAUUAGUUUUGAGGAAUCCACUGGCUACAUCGGCCGGAAAAUAAUUUUCUUUUCUUUUUUUACUUAAUUAUGAAUGAUUACUGUACCAACACAACAAUUGUCUAAUUGAAAUAAAAUCCUCUUUUGUCGGAUAACAAAACGGAA